UCAGUACCAGGCAGUCACAACCAGUCCUCAAAUGACACAAUCAGCUCAUUGUGUGAGAAGGUGACAGAACAAUCUCAAGGUGACAGAGGAGGGAGAAGGAGCAUACGGAGAAAAGGAGAAAGCGGAACAGACGGAGAGAGUUACAGAAGGAACAAGAGAACAGAGAGGAAGAAAGUGAUUAAGGUAUCCCAUAACGUCUCAUGGCAUCGGAAAAGCAACACUUAGACGUCUGUCCUUCGGUCACUGAUGGUCCAGUUGUCGUGAAUCAGGCUGACACUGAAUCCUCCCAUAACAUGCAAGGUCCCCAAGUAUUCAGUGAAGAUUCUAGUCUGAAGCUCUCCAGCAACUGCACUGCAGACAGUGAACACCAGGGGGCAGCAGAACAUAUCUUACCAACACAGAAGGAAACUAGUGUAGAGGAACCUGUAGUCAUUAGAAAUGAACAAGUAAAAGGAGAGGAGGGGGAUAAUAAUAAGGAGCAGAUAGCAGGACUGGAGGCAAAUAGUGAGAAUCAGACAAUAGAACAGGAGGAAGGAACCAGCAAUAAUCAGGAAACAAUUGGGGCUGACACAAGUGGCAACAAUCAGGAAGUAAUCCAGGUUGAGGCAAGAACUCAGGGUCAGGAUGGGGCAAGUGACCAGAAUAGUGAGUGGGCUACUGGACCAGAUCAGGAUGGGGCAACAGGCGAGGAACACGAAACAGGCCAUGGUGAGCAAAUUGCUAUUAAAGAACAGGAGAAGGCAAAGUUAGAGAAGCAGGAGGGGAUAAGUAGAGAGGAACAUGCAACAGACACGCAGGAGACAGGUACAUUUGACCGUGAACCAGAGCAGGUGAAGAUACGUGGAGAGGGACCAGACGUAGGGGGAGAUGGGGCAAGGAGUGUAGAAACAAGUGAGGGAGAGACCGAGGCUGUAAAACGUGCCUCAGAAGAAGGGGAGAAGUCAAAAGAAAAUGGUCAAGCGAUGGGGGAGCCUGGUGGACAUGGCGGAUCCUGUGACAUAGAGAACGAGGGAGAACGUACAGAAUUAUCACCAACAGAAGCAAACGGUGAGCAUACAGAGCAACAAAUAACUACAGAUAUAUUAGAGACGGCAACAGGAGACAAAAGGGAAUGCCUGGAUCAGAAUGUUAGAAGGGGAGGUAGCGACGCACAGCUGACAGGAGACACAGGAGAAGGGAAAGAUGGCCAGACUAUAGGAACCCCUGAGGAUGUACCUGGUACCUGUGUAAAGGAAACAGGGGCACAGAUGAAAGAAGCAGAGGUAAAUGAGGCAGAAGAGGCUAGAGUUCCAGGUGAACAUGGGACAAGUGAAGACGUUUGCUCAGAAGCCCAAGUGACAGCGGGAAUGAUAGGUGCUGACAUACAGGUGACAGCCGAGGAGACAGGUGAAAAGGUGACAGCACAGGGUACAGCUGCAGACGGACAUGUGAUAGGAAAGCAUAUACAGUUGGCAGAAGAAGAGACAGUUACAAGUAUACCUGUAACAGGAGAAAGGAUAGAUACAGAAACCCAUGCAGAUGUGCAAGUGACAGGUACAGUUAUACAGCCGACAGGUGACAACUCAGCUGUAAUAGAAGACAUAAGCUCCUCAGGUGACCAGACACAUGAGCUGUCAUUUGCAAGCACUCAGGGUGCUGUUGAGGAAUUUACAGGUGCACAGAAAACAAACAUAGAAGUAAAGGUAGACAUAGCAGGUGAGUUUGGAGCAGGUGGACAGGUGAGUACUUCAGGUGAGAAAGCAGAAAGGGAGGUGACACCUGAUCCAGCUUCUGUCCCUGGCUGGGAGGGGACAAAUGGGACAGACCGCCCAGCAGCAUGCUGGGAGAAGGAGUGUCCGUCUCUUACCGGGAGAGAGGAGAAGGUAGACACUGCUGGGCAGGGAGAAACUCAAGAAGAGAAAGCAACUGAGAAGGAACUGAGCUGCAAGACAGCAGCAAUGAAAGACAGGGAAUUUGUAGAAGUGGGGGAGAUUCCCCCGGCCGAGACCCCCAUUGAAAGGGAAAUUCGACUGACCAUGGAAAGGGAGAAUAUUCUGCGCCAGGAAAGGGGCAUCAGCUCGCCUGUGGGACAGUCUGAGUUUGUGGAAGUGCGAAGGAGGACAUUAUCAGUGGAGGUAGGACUACCUGCUGGCAAGGAGCGUCAGCUGGCAGGCGCCCAGAUGCAAAGGGACAUCCAGCAGGAGACACGCAGGGAGCAGGACCUGGUGGAGCUGGGCAAGGUGAUGGGCACUUAUGACCGUGGACCUCAGCAGGAGCUGCAGGAAAGAAAGCAGCUCUUUGAAAACUUUGCAACAGUUCCCUCGGAACCUCCCUCCUCAAAGAGACAAAGCACAUCUUCACAGAUUGUGGUUGCCGAAGUUCCAGUGUCUGUGGCCCCUGCAAUAUUCAACAAUGUGGCUCCAAGUGCUCCAAAUGCUGGUGUUAAGAAAGGACCCUCCUUCACAGAAGCCAAUGGAAGUAACGUUAUCCUAAUAGAACACAGCUCGAUUCUCCAAAGGUCUGCCCCAGUGAACUACUCAGUCACAUCUGCCCCCGCGGACCUUCCUCGCCCAGCAGAUGUUCCUCGCCUUGCGGAUCUUCCUCGCCCAGCCAAGUCAGAUUCUCCCCAGCCUGCUCCUGGAAGCCCUUAUCAAAUAUUGCUCUCCCCCAGCCCUCGCUCGCUGCUGGAGAAGGAGAUUGAAGAGGUGAAGGAAAGAGAGAGGGAACUCAGGAGGCAGAGGAGCAGUGUGUAUGGCAGAGAUGAGAUUCUGCUGGGUGACACCGAAAAGAAAUCUGACGACAGAGGGGAAGUCCUUAGUGGGAUCUACCAACCAGAGCGGCCCAGUUGGAGAAAGCUGGAAGUGAACUGGCCCCCAAACCCAGAAGUGACUAUGAACGGACAACAAUCAGAACAGACAUUGGACAGCCCUCGCACACGCCGACAGCGCAGUUCUCUUUUUCAGAGCUGGGAAGCUGGCACCCCAAAUCCUCUUGAGGAGUAGUAGAAAGAGGACCCAAUAGAGAACUUUGGGACAUUAUUGUGACCUGUGGUUGGAAUUGCUUUAACUUUCAAGGACACUCAAACUGGGACUGAACCCUCCAACCUGCCUCUUAUAAUGCUAACGCAAAUUCUAUUAUAUUGCAUCUUCUGGACACAAGGUGUUUCUGUCUGGCUUUGCCUAUAACAUGAUCAGAAUCUAAUCUGCCAAUUAUCCUUUUGUAAUCUUAAAUGACUUUAAUUUGUAAUAAAUGAAUUGAAAAACA